AUGUUGAGCAAAUCUAGCAAAAAACGUAAUUAUCGUAAAAAAGCAAUAUCUUCUGAAGACGAAGACAAUGAGUUUAAUAAUAAUUCAAACGUUGGUGACGAUGAAAAUUCAGAAGACUUGAACGAAACACUCAAGGAACUUAUAGAACUUCGAGGAAUGCAGGAGAUAGAUGACGUCGAAGAAGAGGAUAAGAUGGCAUACAUAGAAGAAGAAAUGCGUAAACGAAGAGGACAAUUAACAAAUUCAAAAAAAGAGGAAGAUGAUGCUGAAGCAGCUGGACCCUCCAACCCUCAAGACGAACUAUUCCAGGCCCCCGAACAUUUACGAAUUGAAAGCAAACCAAUAUCUGAAGGCAAUGUGCAACUAUCGACGACUAUGCUUACUGCUAUACCAGAAGUUGACUUGGGAAUAGAUGUUCGACUAAAGAACAUUGAGGAAACGGAAAAAGCGAAACGCAAGUUAUUGGAACAACGGCAUAACAAGCCUAAAGAAGAAAAAGAUACCUUUGAAGGAUCAAAUUUUUCGGCCACCAACAGAUUUUAUCGAACCCGCCCAACUGUUAGUGAUCAUGAAAGAGCUAAUCCAGAACAAUCACAUCAAAAUUCACAUCAUAACAAGCCUGGAACUCGUCGAGAAAUGGCAACAGAUGAUAUUGUAGCAGAGAGAUUCAAAAAGCGAUUACGUAGAUAA